UUCCACUGUAAAUAAUCGAGCUUCUCCCGUCUUCUGUCAAACUGUCGAGCACAUUUGUUUUUGUUCUGUACCGUGAAGCGGCACAGCAUUGGUGUGUUUCUCCCUCGUGCACUACGGCAACCGCAUCUGAGUUUUCCCCCUGUGUUAUUCGGUCUCCUUUUGCAUCCUGUGUGCAUGCAUACGUUAUCCUGCCGUACGGAUCGUCACAUCAUAAAUAGAAAAAAAAGUGAAUCCUGUUUCUGUGGGGACCAAACCGUGUGGCUUGUUUCGCUCGUCACUUCAAUCGCUGUGAAGUUCAAGUGGAAGCUAGACGCGAAUUUGUCCGAGUCCCGUGUGUCGCGGUAUUUUUUGCCUGGUUCGUCGCUGGAGAUCCCCGGAGUGUGGAGUGUUCGCGGAAGAUAAGUGGAAUUCUCUGUGUGGCCCAAACUGAAGCGCGUGUUUGCGGCUAUUUGCAAAUUGGACUACAUCCGUGAAAACCGGAAAUCGACUACUCUGGCCAGAUUCCUGGGACUGUGCGGAUGGAUUAGCGUGUCCGUUUUGUUCGGGUUUAUCUUCGGUGCAGUUCCCGCUACCGAGUAGUGAGUGCUUACAGACAGUGUGUGAAAACGUUGGCGGAACAGUUGCGGGUUGCGAGCGAGGGCCACAAAGUAAACAAAACGCAACAGAAUCACCGAAUCGGCACUGCGGACAGUGAAACGAGAGUUUGAAGCGGCAACGACAAGAAAAUGGUACAGGCACUCGAUGAGUAUGAUAUCCAGCCGGACCUUCCACAGGCUCUACGACUACUGGAUGAGAUGAACAAUAACUUUAAGCAGGUUUCCGACCUCGUUGGCAAUAUGCUGCAGCGAGUCAAGACAGGCGAACUGUCCACGGAGUAUGGGUUGAAUUUUCUGGAAAUAAAAUAUCACAUGCUCCUCAACUAUAUGAUCAAUUUGACCUACGUGGUGCUGCGGAAGUGUUCGGGACACAAAAUUGAAAAGGACCCUUCAAUCGACCGGCUGAUUGAAAUUCGCACAGUAUUGGAAAAAAUCCGUCCAAUCGAUUACAAAUUGCGCUACCAGAUCGACAAACUCGUCAAAACGGCAGUGACCGGAACCAGCACGGCGGACGAUCCCACCUCGUUCAAGGCAAAUCCGGCCAACCUCAUGUCACAGUUGCCGGAGGCGGAAGAGGGUGGCGAUAGCAGCGGUUCAGGCGAUGAGUCAGAUGACUCGGUCAAGAUCAUGGAGAAGUUGCGGAAGGCAAAGGGUCUCAAGUCGGCGGGCAAGAAAGAGCACAGCAGCAGCAGCGAUUUGUAUGUGCCCCCAAAGCACAUGGCUGUGCAGUACGAGGACGAUUCGAAGGCGGAGCGGGCACGAAAACAGAUCGAGCGGGCGAGAAAACGUGCCCUUGGAUCGUCGCUGAUACAUGAGCUGAAGGAGGAAUAUUUGGACACGCCGAUGGAAAUUUCCUCCAGUUCGAGGGCACUGCAGGUGUUGUCCAGAAAGGAACGCGAACGGGAGGAGUACGAAGAGCAGUAUCUCAUGAGGCUGCCAAUGACGAAGGCGGAGAAGCACAGGAGUCGGAAGUUAACCACUUUGGGCACACUGGGCGACGAAUUGACGAGCUUUGGCGACAUCAGCGCACUCGACGGCGAGCUUCCGCCGUCCUCGGCGGGUGGUAAGAAGCGAAAAGCUCCGAAGGGUGGCAAAAAGCACGGUAAGAAGCGACGUUUCCGUUAAGCACAACCGAACAUUCGCUCAUUUCACCGGGAAACAGAAAGAGGGCGCAUAUUUUUAGCAGUUCUAUGCAAUGUUUUGUUCGGUAAAAAAUAUAUAUAAAGCAUUUUUUCUGUGGGAUAUUUUCAAAUUAUGGUUUAAGUUUUCGAAAUGCUAUGGAUUGGUCGAUAUCGAUAUUUGAGUUUAAUUAGUUUCAAACUUAGGAUAAACAUUAUCGUUUAUUUUUCAUUUUACCGUUAGCAGUUUACGUUAUGUUGUAUACUUUGUAGCAUUGUCUGAGCCACAAUACUAACUAGAAUUUGUACAUGCCUUUAAUGUACAUCACAGAAUAGAGCGAUAAACAAAUUAAAUCUAACAACAAGUUACUGUUGCUGACAUAUGAAAUAUUGAUUUUUAACAACAAAAACUCACCAAGAGCCUUCAUAAUAUAUUUAUACGAGAAUGUUUUCGAGUUUCUUCCGAAGUAACAACAGAAGCUGGAAUCACGAAGCGAAGCUUCCUUGCAGCGGUCGAGCGACACUCUCAACCACAAAUGUAUACAGAGAUAUAUAAACUGAAAUAACAAAUAGCGAUUAAGUGCAACCAUAGUUACAAAUAUAUAAAUCAUUAACUGAUGCAAAGAAAUAGCUGAACGCGUGCAGGGAGGGUGCUGUUCACUAAAAACCACAGAGAGACAGUUGUUGCCUUUUCAAAUAAUAGUGAAUACAAUUAUGUUUGUUUUCUAAAUAACACAAUAAUACGUUCAGUUGACCAGUUUUGUGUUACGAUAACGAAAAUACUAAAUAUAAACAGAUAACCUCAAUCAAACUGGGAGUGUCGUUCCCAUAUCGGCAGCUGGAAGGGACCGCUUCCAUUCUGUUGCCUCAACGCGCAAAAGGGUCAACGAGUGUGAUCCGGCCGGCAGGAAACAACAAUACAGACAAAACACAAAUAGGAAACAGAAUUAUUUUCUACAACCAUUGAACAAUAGUUGUAUCGAAUGAUGAAACGCAAUUUAUAGACAGAAUCAGAUACAUUUUUUAACGAGAAGCAAACGUAAACAUUUAAAUAUAAUUCCUAUCAGAGUUACUAAAAGCACUACAAACGCAAACACAACGUCCAGUUUGCGUCGAGUAAAAUCAGAUAACUAAGAAAAAGAUAUAGUCAACUAAAUGGAAGUAUGGAAAUAUACGAAAAAACAGUUGAAUGGAAUGCAAUUAUAUCAAAUUGGGAUGCGUCAACUGAACUCUUACAAUAAGUAGCGAAAAAUGGCUAUAUACAUAUAUUUUGAUGUUUUCAAUGGUUGAUAUUUGUUAGUUAUUAAUGUUUAUUUCGGUUUUCUUUUGCUAAUUACAUUUAAGUUUCUGUUUUCAAUAAAUAUCUUUAGUUAAGUGUGCACUUUGUUUUUAUCA